GUUUGGUCGGCUAAUAAUAUUUUCUACAUUGAAAACUGCUAAUUUGUAACAAUUUUGUGAAAAAAAUUGACAAAAAUAUUAACAUUAUUCUGCAAUGUGGGCGAGACAAACGAUAUGUGUAAAAAGAGGAGAAAGUCGUGUACUUCUAACUAGGGAAGGGUAGGGAAAAAACCGACACUAACAACACGUGGGUUCUGCAUGAAGAACAAUAUUCGUGAAAAUUUGCUUCUUCUUCGACUGCUUUCGACGAGAUAAAUUAACCAGGAAUACAUGAGUUGAGAGUUUGAGUGCACACCAAUUUCGUGGCUAGUGUUGUGAGUGAAUUUUGUGCAGCAAGCACGACAAUCAAGAUUAGACCAUACAAUGAACAGAAUACAGAAUGGCUGGUUUUCAGAGGUAAAUGACCAGUGGCCUGGUCAAGCUCUGUCUCUUGAAGUGGAUGAAAUUUUAUUUGAAGGGAAAUCAAAACAUCAGGAUAUACUAGUGUUUAAAAGUAAACAUCAUGGGAAAGUUCUUGUUUUGGAUGGUGUUAUACAAUGCACUGACAGAGAUGAGUUCUCCUAUCAAGAGAUGAUAACAUUCCUUCCUCUAAAUUCACAUCCAUGUCCUAAAAAGGUUCUUAUCAUUGGUGGUGGUGAUGGAGGAGUUAUACGGGAAGUCUCAAAGCAUCCUGCAGUGGAAUCUAUAGUCCAGUGUGAGAUAGAUGAGGAGGUAAUUGAAUUGUGUAAAAAAUAUUUACCAAACAUGGCUAAAGGUUUUAGUUCACCCAAGCUCACUCAGUGUAUUGGAGAUGGAUUUGAUUAUAUGAAGAAGCAUGAAAAUGAAUUUGAUGUAAUCAUAACAGACUCUUCAGAUCCUGUAGGUCCAGCCGAGUCUUUAUUUAAGGAAUCAUAUUAUGAACUCAUGAAAAAAGCAUUAAAACCUGAUGGUUUAUUGUGUUGUCAAGGUGAAUGUAUUUGGCUUCACAUACCACUGAUCAAGUCAGUCUUAGAGUUUUGUAGAAGGUUAUUUCCUAUAGUCAGUUAUGGAUACACAACUAUACCUACCUACCCUAGUGGACAAAUAGGGUUCAUACUUUGUAGCAAGAAUGAGGUACCUCGGUUUUAACUUGUUUGUUGGUGUUUUGUUUGUUUUAUGAGUCUUGCGUUGCAGCCGUCGUUUUCUUUCAGUAACCUCUUUUUAAGGGCCGAUUUACAAACGAUACUUUAUAGCUUGAUACUAAUAACUACUUUUUUUGUAUUAUUCAUUCAUGCUUUGGCACAGGGAUAAGGUUUAUCGGUUUUUACAUUUUGUUAAAUAUUAAAUCUGGAA